AUGGGAAGCGGAAGGUCCGCGGAAACUUCGGAUGCGACGAGCUCCAUGCGACGAGCUGCGACGGGCGCGCUGGCGUCGAAAAUCGCACAGCCGCAGCAGGCGGCGAAGAACCUCGUGAAAGUUUUCGCCAAGGCGAAGGGCGGUGUUGGGAAGCGCAUUGCGCGCGCGCAGACGGCUGUUCGCGCGCGCACGGGGAUUGGGCGGCGGGGCGGAGCGCAGGAUGGGGACGUGGGGGAGGAGGAGGAGGAUGAGGAGGAUGACGACGACGAUGAUGAAUCAGAGGCUGAAGACUCGGACGCCGAGGGCGGCGCGGGGUCGUCGGACGACGAAGAUAAGCCAAAGGAGGCUCCCACCAAGGGAGGGAAGUUUCUGCGCAGCUUGCCGUCGCGGCGCAUGUCGAUUUAUAACGCGGAUGGUUUCAUGAUGGACGAUGAGGAUGCGACGGAGUGGAACAUGGUCAACGAGGACGUGCUGGUGCGCAAGGUGCGCGAGCUGAGGGAGCUGAGGGGCGACUUUGCGUCCGCCACCAACGCGCCCGCCACCAAGUCCGCCCUCGAAGGGCUUGGCCUCUCUGAGCUCAAUGACCCCCUUGGCUACGGGCCACUGAACCGCGUGAAGGUGUGUCUGGCAAUCAACGCGUCCACCAUUCCCGUCCCCGACGACCGCAGCAUGGCCGAGAAGAUCAUAGUUUUCGGUCCCAAGUUCAGCCCGUCGUUCUACCUGGGGCGAGUGCACGACGACACAUCGAUGGAGGAGCUGAGGGCGGGCAUGGCGACGCUGGGGGCGGACAUGGAGAACCAGCAGCAGCAGCUCAAGACGCUCGUCAAGGAAAACUUUGACUCCUUCGUCUCCUGCAAGUCCACCAUUGAAGACAUAGAGAAGAAGGUGCGGGAGAUGGAGCGGCGCAGUGACAGUGGCACAGAGGAGAUUCUGGUGGCCAUCCGCAACGUGCACGACAUGGCGCAGGCCGCCUUUGGUCCGCUGCUCGACCGGCAGAAGCAAGUGGAUCGCAUCCGGUCGGUGCAGGGGCUGUUGCUGCGCUUCCGCACGCUCUUCAACCUGCCAGCUGUCAUGCGUGGAUUCGUGCAGCACGGCGAGUACGACCGCGCCGUGCACGAGUAUCUCAAGGCCAAGUCCAUCUCGCUGCCCGCGCAUUCCAACAUCCUGCGGCGGGUGAUGGCGGAGGUGCACAAGGUGGUGGCGGAGUUCCACGAGGUGCUCUUCGCCAAGAUGGACGACCCCAACGCUGACCAGGCGCAGGUGGAGAACGCCAUUCGCCUGCUACUCGAGCUGGAGCCGGACAGCGAUCCCAUCUGGCACCACGUGACCAUGCAGGACCGGCGCAUCCGGGGGCUGCUGGAGGCGUGCGUGCAGCAGCAUGAGAGCCGCGUGGCUGCUCUCAAGAAGGAGCAGCACGAGAAGCGGGAGGCCGAGGCGCGGUGGCGGCAGAUUCAGCAGGAGUCCAACGCGGGGGAGGACGUUGACCUGUCGCUCCUCCUGGGCCAACCAGCGGCAGACGACUCAUCGGACGGGCUGAUGGACGGGGAGGCGUUUGACGAGGCGCACACGCGGCUGAUCGUGCGGCUCACGGCCAUCCUGCAGCACCACGUGCCGCGCUUCUGGCGCCUCACCCGCUCCAUCUUCUCGGGGAAAUUCGCCAGCUUCGCCACCUCCAAGGACGGCACCGGCACGGUGCGUUGA